UAUUAGUUAAUAUUUAGUAUUUUAUUAGCAAGUUGUUAGUUAAAUAAUUAAUCAAAUUGGUACCUAUCAAUGUUUGCGGUAUUCAUCUGAUAAAGAAUAACGUUUUACACACUAUUAUACUUUUACAAUAUUGUAUUACCUUACUAGUUACUAUAUUAUGAAGAAAAUUAUGAGACAAGCGCAGAUUGUUCGUCCUCAUAACUUGGAUGAAUAUUUAAUGAAUUUAUUAAAAAGUAUUUACCAAUCUAAAAAUCUAUCAGCAGAAGAAGUAUCUCAAUGGUUGACUUCUGCACCUUUAAAUUCAUAUUUCAGAGUUAACACCUUGAAGAUUACACCAUCAGAAGUUAUGAUAUUCAUAAAUGAACAAAUAUCAAAUUUGAAACGACUUAAAAAUAACAAAAAUAAACAACAUUCAGUUAGUGCUCAUAAACAUUUGAGCGAUUGUAUAGUAAUUUCACCAAUUGACAAGUCUUUAUUAGAUUUGAGCCCUAAAAAUGAAGAAGUAAUUGUUGAUAUUGCUACUGGGCAAUCUGCAUUACGAGGCUCUCAUAUAUUUGCACCUGGGAUUAUGGCUAUGGCACCUGAAGUACAAGUUGAUUCAUUCAUAUCAGUUUAUGCGGACUUAGGCAAAGGGUGUAAACGAGGUUAUCAAAAAUAUUAUGAUAAUCCAAUGAAGAUGUUUGUUGGCAAUGGCAUUGCCAAAAUGAAUCGUCGGCAGUUAUUUAAUGGUGAUAUAAAUCCUAAAGGUAUUGCGGUUGAGAUGACUGACCCUGUUACAGGUAUCCCUUCAUUUAAAUUGCCUGAUGAAUAUGGAAUGCUACAAAACUUGCCUUCAAUUGUAACUGGGUAUGCGCUCGAUGUCAAUGAAAAUGACCUUAAAGUAUUAGAUAUGUGUGCAGCACCUGGUAAUAAGACUACACAUAUAGCUACAUUAAUGAAUAAUAAAGGUUCAAUAGAUGCAUUAGAUAAAUCAAAAGCGAAAUUAAAAAAAGUUGAACUUCGAUGCAACGAUUUUGGAAUUAAAAAUGUGAAAAUUCAUCAUUUUGAUUCUUUGAUUAGUGUAGACAGAAAUAAUAUGAAUAACAAUGAUAAUAGACCACCAUUUAAAAAUGAAUCAUUUGAUCGUGUAUUAUUGGAUGCACCGUGCAGUAACCUUGGACAACGGCCAUUACUUAAUAUUCAAGUAGAUGAAAAUCUAAUUAAAAGUUUUCCUGCCUUACAAAGAAAAUUAUUAAUAAAUGCUAUAGACCUUGUUAAGCCUGGUGGUAUAUUAGUCUACAGUACAUGUACAAUUACGCUAGAAGAAAACGAACAUAAUGUAGCUUGGGUUCUUAAAAAGUUUCCACAGAUGGAACUAGUUGAAAUUAAUUUUGAAAUUGGUAGUCCAGGAAUUGCAACUCAAAUGGGAUUAAAUGAAAAUUUAUGUAAACUUGUAAGGCGCUUUGGUCCUGAGAAUGUUGAAGAAGAUUCUAUUGGAUUUUUCAUUUCAAAGUUUCAAAAAAAAGUUUAAUAAUUAAUAUAUUGUUAUACUAUCGAAUAAUAAUAAUAUUUGGACAUAGUAUGAAAUCAUUUCUAAA